AUGAAGAUACACGAACUGACACAUAAAAACGUACGAUCAUUAAAAUGUAAACAGCGUGGUAAGAAUUUCAUUUGGAGCAGUAAUUUGAAAAAACAUGUGAAAAUGCAUGAAAGUUCAAGUGAAAAGCUGUAUGCAACCUCGGGCGAUCUGAAUCGGAACAAAUCGACGCAUGAGGAAGUACGACGUUUCAAGUGUGAAAUGUGCGAUAAAGCUUUUAAAAUGCGCUACCGCCUGAAAAACCAUAUAAAGACACAUAUGGACGAAAAGACAGAGAAAUGCAACUUAUGCGGAAAAGCAUUCAAUUGCCGUUCAGCUCUUCAGAGACACAAAUUGACGCACGAAAAGGCGCGAUUCGAAUGUAAACAGUGUGGUACGAAUUUUUCUCGAAAGGAUAAUUUGAAAGUACACAUGAAAAUACACAACAGUUCGAGUGAAAAGCUGUAUUCUACAACGCGCGAUCUGAAUUCAAACAAAUCGACAUACGAGGAAGCACGACCAUUCAAAUGCGAAAUGUGCGAUAAAGCGUUUAAAAUGCGUCACCAUCUGAAAUACCAUAUGCAGACGCAUAUGAACGAGAAGACACUGAAAUGCAGCGAAUGCGAUAAAGCAUUCAAAUGCCUCCCAAAUUUGCAGCGGCACAAAUUAAUGCACAAAAACGUGCGAUUCGAAUGUAAACAAUGUGGUAAGGAUUUCACUCAAAAGGAUUGUUUAAAGGUACACAUGAAAAUACAUAAAAGUUCAAGUGAAAAGCUAUAUUCUACAGCAAGCUCUUUAAUGACAUCGAUAGCCGAAGAUAUCAUUGACACAGAAAUAUUAAUAAUGAAAAUUCUUGAAUUCACAGGUAUAUAA